GAGAAACUGCCGGACGCGUCGUCUAUCUCCAACCAUGUCCUCCUCACAUACUGAUUCGGAUCCAAACGCGAUUGAGCUGCCUGGCUUUGGUCUUCCAGUCAACAUUCUGUCAGAGUUUCCAACUACACUUGGACCCAAUUCAAUACGUCUAUGUUUCCCAAACGCCGUGACCUGCUGGGCUGCGAAUAAUAUGACUGUCAGAGAACUGAAAAUGUUAGCAGUCAUGAACGAACUCACCGACAAACCGGAAUGGGAAAGAAAAGUGUUUGACGACGGCAUUGUUGGGAAAUGGAAAAUCGAGGCGUUAAAAAAGCCGGACACGGAUUUUUCUGAAAAGAUGUUUGAUUAUUGCAUAAACGAACUCCGCGACAAAGCGUCCUACUUCUCCAAGACCGGGCAUAUCGCUGUUCUAGAUACACGAGGCGCUGUCUUCAAAUCGGAUACCAUCAUCCCCGCUACACUCGCAGAGGAGUUGAAAACUGCUGUGAAGCCUCUGGAGGAUGUUCCUCCCCAUAAGAAAGAUUGGCAUCCUCAAUCAAACGAAAAAGUCCUCGACCUCGUUCAUCCUUCUCUCUACCCCCUCAUGUAUGGAAAGAGCCGUAUAAUACCCACCAAAUCCGACCAACUUACCCUCAAAAAUUGCCUUGACAGUUGUGGGAAAGGCGUCAUUGUACCCAAACCCGACAAGGAUGAUUUAUACUUGAGGAGCCAUAACCGUGAUGUGUACUCGCCCGCCGGCAUUGAUUUUUGGUCCGAUAGUUACCAAUGGCUUCCUUGUGAAGUUGCGUUCCGCGAUAACGAAGCGGUGGAAAUCACCAGUUACAUCAACAACUUGCAUCCUCACCACCACCAGCCCCUGUACGCCGUCCUCGAAAAGAUCAUCGCUCGAACUAUUCCUCUGUGGAAUGACGUGUUAUCGGUCAUUGACCUUGACAAAAACGGCAACGCACAGUUGCGCAUCGUUAUUUCGGGCGCUGAAUAUGAAUAUCCACUGGGGGAGGAGAGGCCAUUGGAUCCAAAUGAGGAUCCCAAUGAUCUAGAUCGGUACGAAAGAGACGAGGACUGGCUCAGGGCCAAUCGGGUUCUAAUCCAACCCGAGCCAAAAGAAUACAAACCGAUCAAUCCUCAGGACCUCACCAGAGUCGACCUUCGUAGGGAUUGGGGAAACGACGGGAUACAGGUUAUCGUAAAGCUCGCCAAUAUUGAGUUACGACCGGAAGAUGGAAAGACAGAGUACGAAGGCGGGGCGUGGCACGUCGAAGGCCAACUCAACGAGCACAUCUGUGCGAGCGCUAUAUAUUAUUAUGACCAAUCCAAUGUCACGGAAAGUCGCCUUGCGUUCCGUCAGCUAACCAAUCGUGGGGAGCUUGAGGAGAAGGAUUACCCGCAGGAUGACUAUGAAGGGCUAGAAGUGCUUUAUGGCAUCCAACAAUAUGGCCCUUGUGUACAAACCCUUGGAUCUGUUCUCACGAGGGAAGGAAGAAUGAUCGGGUUCCCGAACGUUUUACAGCACCAGGUCCAGCCUUUCAAACUUGCUGAUCCUACUAAACCAGGAUAUCGCAAGAUUCUCGCCUUGUUUCUCAUCGAUCCAUAUAGGAGAAUAAUAUCCACCACGAACGUACCCCCACAGCAGAGUGAGUGGUGGGGAGAGGUAAUUGGUGAGGAUGCGUCAACUCGAGUUGGACAACUACCGCCAGAGCUGAGGGAGCAUGUAAUCAAGAUGGUGGAAGACUGGCCAAUUUCGCUGGAGGAAGCGAAGAGAAUCAGGUUGGACCUGAUGGACCAAAGAAGGGCAUUUGUCUCCAACGUCAAUCAGGGUUAUGAAGAGGAAGGAUUUUCAUUUUGUGAACACUAACGUGAAGUUUUUGAUUGUUUGCAUCGUGUGUUGUGUUUGUAACACUGGCGGAUGUACUUAUUUGUAGCUUGAAGUCCUGGCAUCGAAUGAACCUGUACUUGCUACGCAAGUACGCGAAAAUAGCUCUCUCCA